AUGUCCAAGUUUGGACUUUUUAUUCGCUCUGCCCGUCCCAUAGCACCAGCCUGGCCAGCCGUCCAGCCCGCCAGCCCGCCAGAUCCAGGUCGGCAGAUGAUCCCAUCAAACCUAAAUCGUCUCUCAAAUGCAAAAGUGUGGCCAUUUAACUCUUGCUUCAGGCAAUCGGGUGUCAUUAGACUAUGGAUUCGAUGGAAUCCCACUCAUCUCUCAGCUCUGGAACAAUCGUUCUGCCCUCCUGUCUGUCUUUAG